AUGGCACCCAACCUCUUUGUAGCCACUCAAAAGGCCUUUGCGCCACACAAGUGGUUCAAAUCAAACAAGAUUGAUCAGUCGUCGAGGGUCGUUGAAGAGUGGUCCAGCCCAGUACCCGGACAGUACGAGAGCAUCCCCGGUCGAGGCUGGUUCCUCAUCGCAACUCUCAGGGAUGAAUUUAAACCAGAGAGCAACCCCAGUUCAUCCGUCAAGUCAUCAACUGGAAAGGAGUACACUCCACUGGAGCACCCUGUUCCUUUGAAGUACUCCCAUGCCAUUGGUCGCUACUUUUUGGAGCCUGAGUUCAACAAGCGAAAGAAGACUGUCAUGAUCAAGAACGACAAAUGCAAAGAAGUGAAGGCUGGCUUCUUCCGGGUUGACGACGUGGCUUGGGUCAAAUGCUGGGACGAAAACGACACCUUCAUUCCUGGUAACGCAAAUGGCGCUGCGGGCUAUCAACGUUGGGUCUUUGAUCAGCAAACCCAACAGUUCCGUCACAUGAUCAAGCGCGACGACCCCAACUACGUCCGAUCUCGAAAGAACUCCCCCGCUCGCGAUGCCGACAACCGCAGCCAAGAGUCAGUAAGCACCGAGUAUCGCACUAGCCGUCCUGGUAGUACCAAGAACGGCUUCAGCGUUGCUAGCACCCGGGCCAACAGUGUUCGCUACCAGCCUCCGACUCCCACUUCGAACCCGCCAAGCCAACGCCCGUCAAGACAGAGCAGUCCCAAGCGCAGCAACAGCAUACCUCUUGAAGAGGCCAAGGUUGCCCUAAGACGCUUGGCUCGGGAGCACGAAGAAGCCGCGGCCGCCUUGGCCCGAUCCCGCAUGAAGCGCACCGAUUCCAAGGAUCGUGUUGAGCAGAUUGAGCGCGGUCGUGUUUCGGAGCGCGUCGGCAACUAA